AAUGUGUGCAAACAGAGACCUGAUUUGUCAGCGCGGACGUGUAAAAACAGGGUGCGGUUUACUUUCACAGCUAAACUGCGCUGCAGACGGAGUAAGGUCAGAGUCAUAUGGUUGCACUUCCCAGCAGUCACAGAGAAAGGCAACAACAGCUCAGCUGGUGUGAGAAGUGCUAGCAAUGCAUGUUUUUCAAUGCAUGUCUUGAUGGGCUUGUCAGAAUGAACAAGAACAUUUCAUCAGAGAGGGAAAGAUGCCAACAAGUUAAAUCUGAAUUAACUGGGGCCUACACAGAAGAUGGCUGUGUGGAUCUUGCUAAAGCUGCCAGUGUUGUAAAAAGUCGUUCUGGAACUCUGAUUCCUCUUGUGAAACCGAAGAGCUAUCAUAUGAGAGUGUGCGGGCAGGACGACACAGUUUACGCUGGAAAUGAGGAUCAGCUGGAAGCCUGGGAAGAUCACUACCUGCCAGAGAGGAUGGCGAUGGAGGUGAUCGGUGCGAUUGAUGACUUCCCAUGUGAGGCAUUUGAUCGCCAGUUGGUCCUCUUGCUGUGUGAAGAUGGAAACAUCUACGCCUAUGAAGAUGAAGUUCUGCACCUCGUAGCCAGAAGUUUAAAGGAGCUGUUUGAAAGUGGGAUGACCUUUCCUGGAACAGAGUCCUUCAACCUCGGCGAAUGCUUUGAGGAUUAUACGGAAGAAGAAUACAACGAAAUGAUGGAAUGUGACGAAAUUAAGGAAAUGAGAGAGGAGCACAAGAAGUUCAGAGAGUCUUUGGAGCUUGAGCUGCUGGAGUCCCUACAUGAGCUUAAAAAUAGACAGACAGAAAAGGAAUUAGAGGAAGAGGCAGUAUGGUCCAGGAAAACUUCAGACAACUUUACCAUCACCAUACAAGACUGCUGGGACCUUGUUCCUCGGCCACCCAUGCCAGUUGUUCGUUGGACAAAAUCUGACCCAUCAUCAAUCUACUCACGCUCACACACAUGUCACAAUCAUAGCCAUUAUAACUGUAAGGUGGCAUGUACAGGUUCCUAAAUGGUUUAGCAUCCCACAUACUUUAUACAGUAUGGGCUAUACAGGUCUAUACUGCCAGGCACUUCUGCACUUAUUGCAAUAUUUCAGCAAAAAAUCAAAGGCUCUGUUUGGAUUGGAUUAAAAUCGCCAUUGUAAGAUGUAAAUUUUUAAUGUAAUUGCAAAAUCAUACUUUUUUUGUUAACAGGAGGUCCACUUGCUUCCUUUGUUGAUUAGUCAAUACAUGAUUGUAUCUUUUCACAUUACUACAAUGACAAUGUGUAUAUUACAUAAUACAUAUGGGUGAUUGCUGGGUUCUUUCUCUUACUUGACUACCUUCCUUUGUAUGUUGAUUGUAGUUCACUUUUACUUAAAGUAAACUUCUGUGCACAGACAACAUAUUGCAAUUAUAAAAAUGCACACAUCACAUUAAGGGGGAAAAAUGCAUCCUUAUUCCUAAAAUGGAUUUUUAAUUAGGUCCCCAAUUGACUUGAACAGAUCCUGCAUUCUUAACCUGAUCUGAAGAGUGUGGAGUCGCACACUGCACAAGCUUCAGCCCACAAAGGACCAUUUCACAUGGUAAAGGUUGGUGAUAUUUACAUAUCAUCUGCACUGUGAGACUGUGUUCAGCCAUCAUUUCAACACAUUGAUUAAAGACGUCCUUAUUGUGCUGUUCCUUUACACCGCCUCAGCUGAUGGAAACCGGUGCAUCUCAGAACUGUGCAGGAUCACGGUUCUCUCAGCCAGUGGACAGUGCCAUGGUCUGGCUGAAAAAACUGCAGUCCAGUCACCGAAACGUCUCACAACAUUGAGCGAAAGUAAAAGUUAUAGCUAGAUUAAUAUCCAUCAAAGAUCUUUGCUGCAGUAAGUGAGGCACUGUUCUGCAAAAAGUCAUUUUUUAAGUGUAGAUGUAAAAAGGUAAUGUAGACAUUUAAAGAACUACCUUCUGCAGAACAGUGCUUUACUAACUGCAGCAUAGUAAAGAUCUAGUUAUGUUAUCUAGCUGUAACUCUUACUUUGUUGCUGCAGUGAGGUAGGCACUCUUCAGUGAAAAGCAGUUUUUAAUGUAAAUGUAAAUAGUUCUGCACAGAAAAGUGAAAUAAAAGCACUGUUUUCAAGCAGAA